GUCAUCUCUCUCUGCCUGCUCUACUUAAGUCUAUCCUGUGUUGGCAUUUUCUCAGUUCUUCAUUUAGUAGAAUAGACUGAUUCAGAAAAUAAACGAACAGAAAGAAGAUGUGGAAGUUUUCUGGUCUAGUAAUGGCCACUCUCCUCUGUGGAGCACUAUGCCAAGUGAGUCCAUCGAUUGGAGGCAAUGGUAUCUCUGUGAGUGACUGUGAUGACCAACAACAAUACUGCGAAAUCGACAUGGUCGGAAAUCCAGUACUCAAAGAAGGAGAUUCAGUGCAAAAUCCUGAUAACGCAUGUCAAAAAUAUAAAUGCCUUACUGGUCAGAAGAUUCAAAUAGUUUCAACGAUUUGCGACAAAAUUGAAAUGUGUGAAGAUGGCAAACCGCCAUACAAGCUUCCCGGUGUGUGCUGUGAGACGUGCGAAUAUCUCAGUCAGCUCAGUUUUGGAGUCGGACCGGAAGAUGAUUCCCGAAAUAAUGUGACAGAGGAUAAACGACCCAAGCCCAACUCCUGGUCCGAUUGGUCGCCAUGGACAGAGUGCUCUCGUGAGUGCGGGGGAGGGAGGCAAAGUCGAAUGAGACAGUGCAAAACUGACGGAGCUGCUUCAUUGGACUGUACCGGAAAUUUGGUCGAGAUUAAGGAUUGCAACACUCACUUUUGCCCAGUACAUGGUGGUUGGACCCCGUGGAGCGAGUGGACUGCAUGCACUGUCAGCUGCAGUAAUGGGACACAGUAUCGCAGUCGUAGCUGCACAGACCCAGCACCUGAGCACGGAGGCAAAGAUUGCGAGGGAGAGACAGAGCAAAUCAAAGACUGCUUCCUCAGGCAUUGUCCAGUUGACUGUGUGUGGAUGCCAUGGGGAGAGUGGGGUAAUUGCAGUCGUGAAUGCGGGGGCGGUCAACAGUUUCGUCGUCGAGAGCAACUGGUAGAGAAAUACGGAGGAGCUCGUUGCGAGGGAGCAGCAACCGAAUCACUCGAUUGUAACACUCACAACUGUCCCAUUGAUGGUGACUGGACUGUAUGGUCAGAGUGGACUGCUUGCAGUGUGACCUGUGCCAAUGGAACUCAAGCACGCAGUAGAUCUUGUACCAACCCUCCACCCCAAUUUGGAGGUAUCGAUUGCGAAGGAGAUGCUUCUGAUGCUAGGCCAUGCUUUGAACGUCAUUGCCCCAUCGAUUGCGAGUGGCUGCCCUUCUCUGAUUGGUCGUCUUGCAGCAAAUCAUGUGACAUUGGAACUCGGGAACGUAUGAGGGAUUAUAAUGUGGAGAAAUUUGGUGGUGAAGAGUGUGAAGGAGAUAGAACUGAAGUGGAGCAAUGUAACACACAAGCUUGCCCUGACCCUUGUAUUGAUAAUGGCCAUCCUUGCUUCAAUGAGCAAGUCUCUUGUAAGAAGAUCACUGACACAGACUAUGAGUGUGGAGCCUGCCCUAGAGGCAUGAGGGGAGAUGGUGUACACUGUGAACUGGUCAACGAGUGCGAGGAGGUCAGCCCUUGUUACCCAGGUGUUGAGUGCACCGACCUUGACGAAGGUUAUCAAUGUGGAGAGUGUCCGACUGGUUUCCAUGGUGAUGCUCUCAGAGGCUACGACCUUCAGGAGGCUAACUCUCUUGUUCAGGGUUGUAUGGAUGUGAACGAGUGUGAGGAUACAAAUGGAGGUUGCUCAGAGCUCAGGGAAUGUGAGAACACACUCGGAUCGUUUGCUUGUGGCUCUUGCUUUCUGGAAGGCUAUGUGGAGAGUGGACUCACUGACUGUGUUGUGGCCGAUCCUUGUGCAGCUGAUAUGCAUCACUGUGCACAGAAGGAGUAUUGUAUUAAUCAUGCCGUGGGAGAGUUUCAUUGUGAGUGUCCUAUUGGUAUGAUUGGUAACGGGAAGGAGUGCAGUCCAGAUGGUGAUCUUGAUGGUAUACCAAACACCCUACUCACUAUUGGAUGCGACCAUCCUCCUUGCCGAGUGGAUAAUUGUCCGAAAACUCCCAACAGUGGACAACAAGAUGGAGACAAAGAUGGCAUUGGUGAUGUGUGUGACGAUGAUGCUGACAAUGAUGGUGUUGAAAAUUCCAGAGAUAAUUGCCCUCAAGUGUACAACCCCAAACAGUACGACUCUGACUGGGAUACUGUCGGAAAUGAAUGUGAUAACUGCCCCUAUCAUCGAAACAGGAGACAGUCAGAUCUUGAUGGAGAUACUAUUGGGAAUGCGUGCGACCCUGAUCUCGAUGGAGAUGGUUACUUGAACGUAAUGGACGUGUGUCCAUUCAUAUUCAAUCCUAACCAAGAAGAUAUGGACAAAGACGGAGCCGGAGAUUUGUGUGAUAACUGCCUUACUAUUUCCAAUAGCAACCAGAAUGACAGAGAUCAAGACGGUGUCGGCAACGCUUGUGACAACGAUAUCGACGUGGACGAAGAUGGUAUCCAAGACAACCUCGAUACUUGUCCGGAGGAACCUAACUGUGACCAGGUGGACACUGAUGGUGACGGUGUGGGUGACAUGUGCGACCAUGAUAGCGAUGGCGAUGGAGUCUUUGACUUGUCUGAUAACUGCCUCCAAGUGCCCAAUCCAGACCAGGCUGAUGAAGAUGGUAAUGGCGUGGGUGAUGUGUGUGAGAGUGAUACAGACGGUGACGGCGUGCCAGACUCUAAGGACGUAUGCCCUGAGGACCCAAGAAUCUCAGUGACAGAUUUCACCCAGUUCUUGGAAGUUGGUCUGGAAACCGGAGUUAAGAGCAAGGACAAGCCAGUAUGGCAAACCUAUAAUAAUGGCACAGAGGUACGUCAAACAGCCAGCUCAGGACCCGGUAUUCUGGUGGGCAAAGAUCGAUUCACAAACGUGGAGUUUAACGGAACAUUCUUUGUCAACACUUUUCUGGAUGACGACUAUGCUGGUUUUGUGUUCAACUAUCAGAGCAACAAACGAUUCAACCUGGUGUCGUGGAAACAGCGAAGUCAGCGAUACUGGAAGUCCUAUCCGUUUAGAGCACAUGCUGAGAAAGGAGUUCAAAUCCAGAGGAUAAACUCCGCUACAGGACCUGGGAUGUUUUUGAGAAACGCUCUCUGGAAUUCAGGAAAUACCAAAGACCAAGUGAAGAUGCUGUACCAUGAUCCCGAGAACAGAGGAUGGGCCGAUAAGAAAGCGUACAGAUGGAACAUGCAGUAUGCAUCAGAACCCGGCUGCAUGAGAUUAAGAAUGUACACUGAAGCUGGGAUGUUCCUCGACACUGGUUGUGUGUGUGACAACAUGGUCAAGGGUGGCCGACUCGGACUCUACGUGUUUGAGCAAGCCGAUUUGUUGUUCUCUGAUUUAUCGUACAGAUGCCUCAGUCACGAGCAACAAGAAGCACUAUCUCAAUGUCAAGCAUAAAAACAAUCCAUAUAAUAAAAUCAACUUUUGUGAACCAGCUCUCAAUAUAUAUGUAUUUCUAUGUUCGUUUGUUUGUAUAUCUUUUGCACUUCUUAUAAUUAAUCCUCAAAAUGCUCCAUGAUAUAUAAUUAUUAAUGAAAAAUUUUAUUCUUAA